CUGAGGGCGGCAGGACAGUAGCAGAUAGAAGCCGAGAUGGUGAUUGGAAGUGAUCGUGGAAGGAUUUAGGCUGAGCAUUAGAGAGCGAGGGAGAGAGAAGAGGACCGUCUCUCUCUCUCUUUCUCUCUUUCUCUUUCGGUCCUCCAGCAUCCCGUCUGACGCCCGUAAAGAAGAGGAAGAGGAGGACGAAGACCAGCACCAGCCUUUCCUCAAAGUCAACAUUUUCUACUUUUGAUACUCCUUUCACGCAGGACUCGGCCGCGCUUCUCCGUCCGCAUCCAGACUGUUUCCCGACAAGAAAAGCCAACAAAGUCUCCAGCGGAAGGAUGGUGGGCGGCGAGGACGGGCGCGGACGGACCGAGGACGGUGGCCGAUGAAGGUCGGGGGACGGGGGACAAGAAAAGUGCUGAGCUGUCCCACGGACGCGCCGACAGGACAAUCAGAGGACCGCCUGGACGGACCCACAGGACCUUUGAGGCGCCCCCAAGCACCACUAUGAUUAAAGCGCAUGCCCACAUCUGUCCCGCUCGAGUUCCCUGUCCGCCGCCGCCGCUGCCCGUUUGCCCCAGGAAGACAUCCGUCCAAACCAGGCCAGGAAGAACGUGUCCCUCUCUCGGACCCACGGGGGCCGCCAGCACAUGUGUUCUCCUCAUUUAGGCGCGGAAGAAGCAUUCGCCGGUAAGAAUGUCCGCCGUUUCCCUGUGACCACCGCUCCAUGCCCGUGGCCCCCCCGCUGAGACCCGUGGCCCCCUCCCCCGCCCGCCCGCCAUGCUCCUUCAGGCCGCCUUGCUGCUGCUGCACUACCUGGCCUCCAGCCUGGGCCAGUACGAACUGUGCAAGUCCCUGGUGAGCACGGAUGAAGGCUCCGUGUGGGAGCACUACGCCUGCCAGCCCAAAGCCGCGUCCAUGAAAGACUACAUGAGGAUUAAGGUGGACCCUCCCGGGAUCACGUGCGGGAACCCGCCCGAGAGGUUCUGCACCCUGGAGAACCCGUACCUGUGCAGCGACGAAUGCGAUGCCUCAAACCCAGAUUUGGCCCACCCUCCUCAGCUGAUGCAGGACCGCGAACGCAACGGUCUGAUCACGUACUGGCAGACAGUCACAUGGAGGCGCCACCCAGAGCCGUUGUUGGCCAACAUCUCCAUGUCGUGGAACAAGAGCUUGGAGCUCACCGACGACAUCCAGAUCACCUUCGAGUACGGCCGCCCCACCAUCAUGGUCCUGGACAAGUCCAUGGACCACGGGCGCUCCUGGCAGGCCUACCAGUACUUUGCAGACGACUGUCUGGACACCUUCAACAUGCCGCCUAAACGUGUGCGCGACCUCUCGCCCGCCAACGUCACCCGGGUCAUCUGCACCGAGCAGUACUCGCGCUGGGUGGGCUCCAAGAACGACAAGAACGUCAAGUUCGAGGUGCGGGCGCGCUUCGCCGUGUUUGCCGGCCCUCGGCUGCAGAACAUGGACAGCCUGUACACGCGAAUGGAGAGCAUGAAGGGACUGAGGGACUUCUUCACCUUCACCAACCUCAGACUGAGGCUCCUCAGACCUGCCCUAGGGGGCACGUAUGUACAGAGGGACAACCUGCUCAAGUACUUCUACGCCAUCUCCAACAUCGAGGUACCUGCCAGGUGCAAGUGUAACCUCCACGCCUCCCAGUGCCUGCUGCAGGAUGGUAACCUCCAGUGCCAGUGUGAACACAACACCACCGGCCAGGACUGCCAGCGCUGCAAGAAGGGCUUCAAGGCCAAGUCUUGGAAGGCCGGUUCCUACCUACCCACACCCAAUGGAACCCCCAACACCUGUUCCAUUGCUGGCUCGCCCUCCGGUUCUACUCGACCGGCACCAAGCGGAGAAUCGGGGGGCACGCUUUCUCUGACAGACAACACGCUACCCGGCGGCCCCUUGUUUGAGCCCCCACUCUCACCCAUGGGAACAUCUGACACACUUCCUGAUGCAACAGAGGCUCUCCUCACUUCCACAUCCUCCCUGCCAGCGUCAGUGGAGCACACGGUCCCCCAGUCACCACGGGAGACAGAUUUGAGCCACGAACACCCCCAUCUGUUCCACCCGGACCGUCAUGUGCCUGUUGAUCACAGUCAGCAUCAUCAUCAUCAUCACCUUGCCAUCACAGAUGAGCCUGUCCUCCAUCCCCUGACUCGCUAUCACCAACCCACAAGCCGGUAUAAUGAUCUCAGAGCUUCCUCCAAGUCUGAGGGACACCACCAUGAGACUCAUGGUCAGAAAGGAGAUAUCUCAUCUGAACAUGCCAAAGCCAGAGAAGGCCAGGAGGAACCCAGUCAAACGAGAGCUUCCCACAAGUCUGAGGGACACGACCAUGAGACUCAUGGCAAGGAAGAAUACGACCCAACAAGAGAGUCCAACAGGUUUGAUGGAGACAAACGUACAUUGUCAUCUUCAACGAGAGUUUCCCAUAAGUCAGAGGGACAGGAGCAGGAGACUCAUGGCCAUAACGUUGAUUUCUCAUCUGAACUUGAUGCCAGAGAAGGCCAUGAGGAACCCAGUCAAACGAGAGUUUCACACAAGUCUGAGGGAAAGGAGCAUGAGACUCAUGGCCACAACGCUGAUAUCUCAUCUGAAUCCAGUCAAACGUUUUCCUCCCACAGAUCUGAUGGACAUGUACAUGAGACUGGAGGCCACAGCAUGUUCUCAUCUGAGCAUGAGGAUGUGAGGAAAGAAGUUCCCCUCAAGUCCGAGGAACAUGAGACUCAUGGCAACACAAUGACAACCUCACAUGAACAUAAAGAGGAAAAGCAAAGAGAAGCUGAAGACAGAACUUUGGUAUCUCGUAUGCCAGAAGAGACUCAUGGCCACAGAGAGACUUUCUCAUCUGGACAUGAUGGUGACAGAGGAGGACACGCGCAUGAGGCUCAUGGGCAAAAAGCUGCAUUCUCAUCUGAGCAUGAGGUUGAAACGAGAGUUGCCCACAAGUCUGAUAUCUCAUCAGAACAUGAUAAUGCCAGAGAAGGCCAGGAGGAACGCAGUCAAACGAGAGCUUCCCACGGGUCUGACGGACACCACCAUGAGACUCAUGGCCUAAAAGGUGAUAUCUCAUCAGAACAUGACAAUGCCAGAGAAGGCCAGGAGGAACACAGUCAAACGAGAGCUUCCCACAAAUCUGAGGGACAUUUGCAUGAGACUCAUGGCCACAAAAGCACUUUCCCAUCUGAGCAUGAGAAUGACAGAAAAGACGACCACAGCCAAAUGAGAGCUUCCCAUGAGCACGAAACUCAUGGCCACCAUUCUGUCUCAUUGGAGUAUGAGAAUGACGGAGAAGUUUCACACAAGCCUGAGACUCAUGGCCACAAGGCUACUUUCUCAUCUGAGCAUGAGAAUGACAGAGAAGUAGCUUCCCACAAGUCCGAGGGACAUGCGCAUGAGACUCAUGGCCUCAGUACGUACUCAUCUGGGCAUGAGGGCGACGGAGGGGCUGCCCACAAAUCUGAGGGACAUGAAGGUGCCAAUCAUGGCUACGAAGGUACUUUCUCAUCUCAGCAUGAGAAAGACAGAGAAGCUUCCAGCAAGGAUGAGGGACAGGUGCAUGGCCAAAGUACCUUCUCAUUCGAGCCCGAGGAUGACAGAGAAGCGUCUCGCAAAUCUGAGGGACUUGGGCAUAAUGCUCAUGGCCACCAAGGUACUAUCUCAUCCGAGCAUGAGAAUGACAGAGAAGCUUCCCAGAAGUCCGAGGGACACUUGCAUGAGAGUCAGGGCCACACAGGUACUUUCUCAUCUGAGCAUGACAAUGACAGAGAAGCGUCUCACAAGCUUGAGCGACACAUGCACGAGACUCACGGCCACACGACCUUCUCAUUUGAAAAUGAGGAUGGCAGAGAAGCGUCCUCCACAUUUGAAGGACGUGCGCAUGAGACUCAUGGCCAAAAAGGUACUUUCUCACCUGAGCAUGAGAUUAACAGAGACGUUUCCCACAACUUUGAGGUAAAUGUGCAUGAGACUCAUGGCCCCAAAAGUACUUUCUCAUCUGGACACGAGGGCAACAAAGAAGCAUCCCACAAGCAUGAGACUUAUGGCCACAAUUCUUUCUCAUCAGGGCAUGAGAAUGAAAGAGAAGCGUCCCACACAUUUGAAGGACGUGUGCAUGAAACUCCCGGCCAAAAAGGUACUUUCUCAUCAGAGCAUGAGAAUGCCAGAGAAGCUUCCCACAAACCUCGUGGACAUGCACAUGAGACUCCCGGCCACAGUACUUUCUCAUCUGCGCAUGAGGAUGACAGAGAAGCUUCCCAAAGGUCUGAUGGUAAUGCACAUCAGGCUCAUGGCCAUGAUACUUUCUCAUCUGGGCAUGACGGUGGGAACAUAGAUAGCCGCGUGUAUGAGGAACAUGGUCACGGCCCUCAUGGCCACAAAGCAAGCUCACCCGGGCAGGGGGAGGAGGAACGUAAACCUGAGAGGAAAGUUACAGGUACAGUCUCCCAAAUGGCUCAAGGGCACUUAGGUCAUGGCCACAAAACCUCAUCUGGGCACAAGGUGGAGAGGGACAAUUCAGGGAACACACUGGAAGCCACAUUGAGAGUCCACCACAGGUCUGAGGACCAGGAGCACGGAUCAAUCUCACAGGAGCACAGCAAUGAAAGACCAGUUCCUCACAUGAGGAACAUGCAUGAAACCCGCAGCAGCCACACAAACGAGCACAAGAAGGCGGCAAACCACGGCGAAGUCCAUCACAAAUCAGACGAAUACGUGCCUGAGGAUCCUGGCCAUAGAACCUCAUCCGAGCACCAGGAACACAGAGAAAGAGGACAUGAGAAAAGCACAGUCUUCCGUGAUUUGGAGGAACGCUCCCAGGAGAGCCGUAGUCACAAAUCAACAACUUCUGAGCAGGAGCUGCAUCAACAGAGGAAAGCCCACAGGAGAGAGCACCAAACCGAGAGGGAAGGAGGCGUUCAUGAACCGGCCGAGCCCGUCGGGAGCGAGGAUGAAGACAGAGAAGAGGAGAGGAGAGAGCAAAAAAAGAAAGGGCUCCUGAAACUGUUGAUGUCAGGACAGCCCGGGGCCAGACAUUUGUUUGGGAUCAUAUAUGAUGAUUUCAAAGACUGUGAAUGCUACGGACACUCCAACCGCUGCAGCUACAUCGACUACCUGAACAUCGUCACAUGCGUCAGCUGCAAGCACAACACCCGGGGCCAGAACUGCCAACACUGCAGACUGGGAUACUUCCGCAACGCCUCUGCUGAGCUGGACGACGAGAGCGUCUGCAUCGAGUGCAACUGCAACCAGAUGGGUUCCGUCCAUGACCGUUGCAACGGGACGGGCUUCUGCCAGUGCAAAGACGGCGCCGCCGGGGCCAAGUGUGACGACUGUCUGCCGGGAUACUACUGGAAGCAAGGCUGCUACCAAAACGUCUGUGACGAGGAGAUGCUGCUCUGCCAGAACGGAGGGACGUGCUCCCAGAACCAGAAGUGCAUCUGUCCCCCUGAGUUCAAGGGGGUGCUGUGCCAACAGCCGCGCUGCGAGGCGGGCAAGGACUGCAACGCCGCCUCGGCUCUGCGCCCCUCGGCGGUCGCCCUGCUGCUUUGCACUCUACUCGCCAGCCUGCCGGCCACGCUGACGCCCCACUGAGGCACGACAACACCAGGGGGAGUGUGUUCACGUGUGUGUGUGUGUCGGGGCGACCCGCACCAGGUGGUGGCGCCAUCCUGGUCGUGGACAGACCCGAGCCCCUUGCACGGCAGCACUCACUAAAGCUCACGAGCACUCACAAACACCAAGCCCCGCAAGGGCGCACGCACACACACACUUCACAGGACUGACCCAGUGGGGGCUCAGGUGCCAGAUGAACAUAGAAAAGAAAUGAGGGAAAAGAGAAAUGCAGGCUAAAAAUAUAUAUCUAUAUAUAUAUAUAUAUAUAUAUAUCUCUAUCUAAUCAUACCAACCACUGUUCGUUCCCUUUAUUCCUGAGCAGGAGCAACGUGCAUCAAACCAAAAAGCAGAAACACACACACCUCCACUCUUUCACUGGCUGCACACACAAGGACAGAUUUUCUUUUCUUGCACACCCUGUGACGGCCGGCGGUCAUCGUCAGUGAAAGGACGAGCCCCGAGGAGGCGAGGGGGGCCACACAUUCUGCUGCCGAGGCCUACGCACUAUAUAAUAAUUACGAUAAGCACCAGGUUUCAUUUCUUGUCGAGAAAAAACAAGACUUGCUUUGACAUCUCCUCCAUUUCUGCUGCAUAUUUGAGUUGAAAUGAUCUUAAGUUCAUGUAUCUAAUGUGCCCACCUCAGUCGCUGAGAUUCUACAUGUUAUAUAACAGCCAAACGGGUUACCACGGAUAGACCAUGUAGUCGCUAUUAUGGUUGCCAUGGGAACGAGUGAUUGUCGCCACACUUAUCUUCGCACAGUAUAUACAGCAACAAGACUUUUACAAAACGUAUAAAAGCGAAAGCGUGAUCGGGCGAGUAUAGACAAUAUAUUGGCAUUAUUUGCAUAUUUUUUGUAGAAAUUAUUUUUCUUUGGAGGUUACAAUAAAAUGAUGGAGGAAACACAUAAAAAAAGACAUUUACAAAUAUUAAAAAGGAGCAUUUUUUUUUACACCAGGUGUAAAACUUGCAGUAAAGUAUGACUGUUCUUUGCCUUCUUUCGUGUACUUUUUCCUUUCAUGCCAUGAUCAUAUUGACACGCUGACGAUUCCCACCUUCUUGACUGACAAUCAAAGAACUGCUCUCCUUUUUCAAAACAACACCUUGGUUUUUUACCACGCUGACGAGCUGAAAAGAGAUUUUAUAUGCAAAUAUCUAGAAGAACUCAUAUAAACGUACGAGUUCUUACAGUAGCUUACGGACACUCCGUUAGCGCCAACGGACAGGCUAACCUCCAAAACGGACGUACUCCAAAGAUCAAAGUGCGACCUCAUGGCCGAAAUGUUUUUAACUGGAAAUGAAUCAAAACUGUGUCACUUCGGAAUGCAAAAAUUGGGAUAUGGUUUUUUUUUUUUUUUUUUUUUUUUUUAAACAUAGUUCCUUUCUUGACUUUCUGAUUGAUCACGUUAGUGGCGCUGGCUAAUCUGACAGGAUAAAAUGGGAAUAGUAUGAAUGUACCACAUACAAAAUACAGUGUAUUGACAAAUCAGUAGCAGCAGAAUGUAGCACGGCGCUAAGCUAACACAGUGCAACCUCGGUUAGCGUGCUUUUCAGUUCAUGUCGGAAAUUUACACCACAAUUUAGUUUGAUUGCAGUCUAAUCACCGUGGAAGUCAAACUGUGUUCUUAAUGUUUUCCUUCCUUGUUAGCUUCCUAUUAGCUAGCUAAACAAAAUGGCAACCGGACGUUUUGUCGCCCGUCUGUGAUGUCAUCAGUUGACGCUCCAAAAUACUAAACACAAAACAUGUUUUUCCUAGCAUUACAAUUAUAGUUUUACAUGCGUAAAAUGAUUGCAAAUGACCAAUGAAAGGGAUAAAUGAACACUCGGGCAGUGCUUCUCAAAAGGUUAGUGUCCAUUUAGGUGAGAGUAGGUCCUUCCGGAAUGAAUUCAUGACCCUGACCAAGGAUCCACUGUAUAGUAACCUAUGACAAUGUCAGAUCGGGAAUGCUGAAUGUCCGACUUCUCAAAACUCUCGAAAUAUGUGCAAUGGUGGUGGAUAAAUUGUGGCAGGUACAAGAUCGGUUAGUGUUCUAGAAUAUUCCCGUGGACAUUAGCACCGCUGUUGACAUGUCGGAAGCUAGCGCUGCCAUGCCACAUGGUCCAAAACAGCAAUACUGCCCCCUUGUGCCCAUGCAUGUGUGACAUACUGACGAAAUUCUACGAGCAAGGCACUUAGUAAAGUGCAGACCGAAGAGCUUAAAUGGGGUGCAAGUCAGAUUAUUCUUCCGUGGAAAACAAUCUUUAACAUGUAUCUUUCGUCACAGUGUAGAUAAAAAGCAAGCAAACAAAGAAAAGCAUAUGGUUAAAUUGGGAAUCAAAUAUACAGGCUAGUAAAUACAGGAACUAUUUGAAGUUGCUAUUUCUGCAGAUGCCUUACAAUCUUAACGCUUGACCAACAUCACCGCUAGGUGGUGUUUGCCAACUAUGACUUUGUCACAGCAUUUCUAUACAUCUUGCUCCACCUCUCUAAUUUGCCUGUUACCAAUGUGCGACGUUUAUUUCAACCGUUUGUGUUGUCAUAAAGGUGUAGGAAAAGAUUCCUUGUUUGCUUGUCUUUUGUCCCUCUGCAUCCGUCUCGCUAACUGUCUCUUAUAACACAAACCCAGUCGCAAAUUCCAUUAGCAGACUUGCAGCAGGAUCCUUCCAGCAUCUUCUACGCCGCCGCAUCCCGUGAGAAGCAGCGAGACGCAAUCCACGAAUGCGCCGUUAACGGGGACACCAGCCAGCAACUGAAAUAAUUGGACGUCUCAAACGAUCCCGAGCCGUGAGAGAAAAGUGAGAACCGACAUCGAGUGACAGUUUGUGCCGGCAAUAACACAAACAAUAAAACCAAGAUGGCAAAUUCACUUUCAGUCAACACUGACAAGAACAAAGACAUCUGGAAAUGACUUAACAGAAGAAAGACAGGAAGUUGGGAGGAUUACUUUGGCCUUUCUCGCAUUAUUCCAUCUGGUUUUUUGGUUGGUAAAGCAAGAUUUUACACAAGUUCCCUUAGAGCUAAUUCUGAAUUGUUCAUCAUCGUAGGUAACUUUUGGGUUACACGCCUACUAUACUGACCUAUGACAGGCGUGUCCAAAAUUAUGUCAAAAU